AGAAGGAUGCGAGGCUGGCGUUCCAGUUCGGUUUGUGUCCUUCGCUGGUCUCUCUGGCAUUGAAUUCCGUCUCUUUCGGUCCUCGCUUUUUAGGGGUGGCGACGCCGCCUCGUUCCGUCUCCUUCCAUCACGCGCCGUUGCAGUACCCAUCCCGCUACUCGCUUUGCCAUUCGGAUAGAAUCUCACGGCCAGAGGCCCACGCGAUGCAUCCCUCGCGCCUCGCCCCAACCUCAGGGUGUAUAAUUGCGAUGGUUAUUCGCCUGGAGCAAAUGGGAGGAUGAGGAAGAGAUGACGACGUUGUUGUAGUGUGGCUCUCGGAUCCACUUCCAAGUAUAAGUCUUGUGCUUUUUUUUUCCUGUUUGAUUUGUAUUCGAUCGGUGAUGGGCGGCGGGGUGGUGGCGCUGUUGUGGGUAUCGGUUGCACUCUGCUCCGCGUCUGACUUCCCGGAAAACGUCAUCUUUGGCGGUGCGUGUAUGGAUGGUUGUGGCCAUGGGUUUGGAGGUGGCGGUAAUAGGAGCAUCGGCGGAAAGGGAGGAUGGUGGGAAGAGGGGAAGGGGGAUUGGAAGGCCGAGAUUUUGGGUAUGGCUCGACAUCUGGAGACGGUGGAAUGGAUGACGACAGUGAGGCGAAGGAUUCACCAGCACCCGGAGCUAGCCUAUGAGGAGGUCGAGACGAACCGGCUCAUCCGAUCGGAGCUCGAUGCCAUGGGGGUGGAUUACCGGUUUCCAUUCGCUGGGACUGGCGUAGUAGCGAGCAUCGGCACUGGUGGGCCACCAUUCGUUGCCCUUCGUGCGGAUAUGGAUGCUUUGCCUAUUCAGGAAGCUGUUGAAUGGAAGUACAGAAGCAAGGUCCCUGGUAAAAUGCAUGCCUGUGGGCAUGACGCACAUGUAGCUAUGCUCUUAGGUGCUGCCAAGAUAUUAAAGACCCGUGAACAUCGUUUAAAGGGAACUGUUAAGUUGCUUUUUCAGCCUGCAGAAGAAGCUGGAAUUGGUGCGAAGAGAAUGAUUGAGGAUGGUGCUUUGGAAGAUGUUGAGGCUAUCUUUGCUACUCAUGUUUCUCAUGAGCGUGCUACUUCUGUUAUUGGCUCCAGGACGGGACCUUUACUUGCUGGAUGUGGUUUCUUCAAAGCACUGAUAAAGGGCAGAGAAGGGCAUGCUGGAAAUCCACACCACUCAGUCGAUCCCAUAUUGGCUGCCUCAGCUACAGUGAUAAGCUUACAGAAUAUUGUCUCUCGUGAAGCCAACCCUCUAGAUUCACAGGUAGUCUCAGUGGCCUCGUUUAAUAGUGGCAACAAUCUUGACCUGAUUCCUGAUUCUGCAACCCUCGGUGGGACCUUUAGGGCUUUCUCUAAUACAAGCUUUUAUCAGCUUCGGCACAGGAUAGAACAGGUAAUUCUGGAGCAGUCGAAUGUCUAUAGGUGCACAGCUUCAGUGGACUUCUUCGAGAAAGAGAGAUUUUACCCACCUACAGUCAAUGAUCACUCCAUGUACGAGCAUGUGAAGAACACAGCCAUCCAUUUGUUGGGUUCCCAAAAUUUCAUGGUGGUUCCACCAAUGAUGGGCGCAGAAGACUUCUCGUUCUACUCCGAAGUGAUUCCAUCAGCCUUCUUUUACAUUGGCGUUAGGAAUGAGACGUUGGGGUCCAUCCAUACCGGUCAUUCUCCAUAUUUUAUGAUCGACGAAGAUGUUCUUCCAACUGGGGCUGCUGUACACGCUGCAAUUGCUGAGAGGUACCUUUCUGAGCAUGGCUAGGAUUUGUUAGGCUGGGAGGGUGGAAAGUGUUCUACGUCGCUGUCGCGGUGGUGCUGUUUUCUCCUUGGCAUCGAGCUGCAACCUAGAGUGUAGCACGUCUAAAGAUCCGGAGUGUGUGUGAUUAUUGCGAAGAUUGUGUGCUUGUGGUUGCUGCUGUGAUCUCCCACAAAAGGGAUGUUACAGGAGGGAGUUUUAGGAAUUCCAACACUAGGAGAGGUCUCAAAGUUGAAGGAAAACGAAGAGAAAAAUCUAUAGUACAACUAUUCGAUGCCGUUUUGAAUUGCAUGUCUAUAGUGAAUUAUUCGACAAACAAAUUUAGGCAAUGAGUAUCGGAGAAGCCUAUCGGUAAAUGAAGGAUUUAUAAUAACUCUUCAAUUGAUAUCUCAACAAUUUGUCUAUUGUUAGAAGGAUUCCUACUUGAGAAAUCUAACAUAAGAUUUUUGCUGAGUUUCUGGUACAUUUAUGAAAGGGAAACUAUUAUAUUGCCCUAGUCCCCGUUUAUGAAAAUCUAGUGUUGUACUUGAGAUAUUUGUCUUCGAAUAAAUAUGCUAUGCUAUGCUACUUGGUAA